CUUCCACUCUGUUCUGCACCGGCAUUCUUUUGCUAAUAAGGUGCUUGUUUUUGAUCCUUUGCGAUUUGAUUUGUUGUUGCUCGGAUCCUUUCGUAACCCGAAAGAGAAACCCGGUUGCCAUACAUGAACACCCAAGACUGUUCUCAAGGUUUUUGCAGCUUGUAUUGUCCUCAAUGGUGCUAUAUCAACUUCCCUCCUCCGGCUCCGGUAGAGUUUCCCGAUGAUGAUUCGGGCCGUAACUUCUCUCCCCUCAUGAUCGCAGUCAUCGGCGUUCUAGCCUGUGCUUUUCUGCUGGUGAGUUACAAUCUGAUACUGUAUAAAUACUGUGGGAAGAACGUGGACUCGAGUCGCAGAAGAGAGAAUCGCGGCGGCGGCGGUGAUGUGGUGGACGAAGAUCACGACCCGUCUACAUAUCAGCCGUGGCAGGCUUCGACCGCCGGUUUGGACGAGGCUGUCAUCAACUCCAUUACGGUUUGCAAAUACAGAAAGGGUGACGGCUUGGUCGAAGGAACGGAUUGUUCUGUUUGCCUCGGUGAGUUUUUAGAAGAUGACAGUUUAAGGCUGUUGCCUAAAUGCAGCCAUGCUUUCCAUGUCCAUUGCAUCGAUGCAUGGCUUAAUUCUCAUUCUAAUUGCCCUUUGUGUCGCGCUAAUAUAAUCUCCGUUAGCGCUUCACCGCUUCCGUUGCCGCCUCCGCUUACCGAAACCCCUUCCGACGACAUAGCCACUGCCGACGAUAUAGGCAACGCUCAAGGGAGGAUCACCAUGAUCGAGAUUAGAGAAGAAGGUGAUCAACAACAGAUUAGAAGAUCAGUUUCCAUGAACCAUUUAUGUCAACCCCAAGUUUCGGUCGCCGAAAUUUUGCUCACGGAUCAAGAGGAAGAGAGCCGGUUGCCACCCGGUAUCGCCGGAUCAUCGUCAAAGCAAUCCACAGCAGCCGGUAAGUCUAGCAAUAAAAUGAGGGUCUUUGAUUGUGCAAUGAACCCUGUUGCAAUGAAGAGAUCAUUUUCGAGUGGUAGGCUCUUUCUUGCUAGACAAGCAAGAGUAAGAUCCCCUUCUUUUCCUCUGUAAAAGUAAACCCUACUGCCAUAAUUUUGUAAGCCUAAGUGCAAUCUUCAUAUGAAAU